AGUCUCUCCGGCCUCCUCGCUGUUCCUGGGAUACGCCACGCUCAGUCCGGCCUCGGGGCCUUUGCACUGGCUGUGUCCCCUGCCUGUGAUGUCGUUCUUCUCUGCCUGGUCAACUCCUACCUUUGUUCAAGUCUGGACCCUGUCAUCGGCUCCUCAGGAAGGCACUCCGGGACCCCCAGAUGGGGGCGGUUCCCUGUGACUCCUGGCACGGAGCCCAACCCCUUCCUUGUUCAAUGGUUCCUUGAGGAACCAUUCCCAUGUGAUUAUCGACCAUUUGGCAGGCGUUGUUCAAAGUCAAAGGCCCCACACUGAGUCCUGGCCCAGCGCCCUGCGCCUGUUCGUUGCUGGAGGGACAGACAGGGGGCGUGCGGCUGACCAUCCCGUGCCCGCAGGCUGAGGAUGCAGCGCUGGAAGGCGGCGGCCUUGGCCUCAGUGCUCUGCAGCUCCGUGCUGUCCAUCUGGAUGUGUCGAGAGGGCCUGCUUCUCAGCCACCGCCUCGGACCUGCACUGGUCCCGCUGCGCCGCCUGCCUCGAACCCUGGACACCCGGAUUGCCCGCCUGGCCCAGUACCGUGCACUGCUGCAGGGCGCCCCGGAUGCGGUGGAGCUGCGCGAGCUGACUCCCUGGGCUGGACGACCCCCAGGUCCGCGCCGUCGGGCGGGGCCCCGGCGGCGGCGCGCGCGUGCGCGGUCUGGGGCGCGGCCGUGCGGGCUGCGCGAGCUGGAGGUGCGCGUGAGCGAGCUGGGCCUGGGCUACGCAUCCGACGAGACGGUGCUGUUCCGCUACUGCGCAGGCGCUUGCGAGGCCGCCGCGCGCGUCUACGACCUCGGGCUGCGACGCCUGCGCCAGCGGCGGCGCCUGCGGCGGGAGCGGGUGCGCGCGCAGCCCUGCUGCCGCCCGACGGCCUACGAGGACGAGGUGUCCUUCCUGGACGCGCACAGCCGCUACCACACGGUGCACGAGCUGUCGGCGCGCGAGUGCGCCUGCGUGUGACCCUACCUCACUCGUCCGGAGCGGCGGCCAUUCUCCCCGCCCCGACGGCACCACCGGCCGGUCCCGCGACAGACUGCGCGUGCGUAGAGCACGCCGGCGCGGCCCCGGGACUCUCGCGAUAACUGUACUGAGAUAAAGUGUGGGAACU